ACCGUGGAUAUAUAGACUAUCAGACUACUCAUAGUCAACACUCUGUCAGCUUUCCCAAAAAGAAACUCCCCCACCAACGCACUACCACCUUUCCUCAUUUCUUUCUCUUUUUACCUCUCUUUCUCUUAGGUCUGCUUCAUUCAUGGCGGUUUUGAAACCCUUCUUUCUCUUUGUUUUCUGCUUCUUUUACAUUGUAGACUUUGCUAGUGCGCUCAGCGAGUCUUCUUCUAUCACUUCUUCUUCUUCUUCUUCUUCGUCUACUUCUUCUUCUUCGUCUACUUCUUCUGAAGAUGUUGUGCUUCUUUUGGGUAAGGUCAAAGCUUCACUGCAAGGUAACACUGAGAACUUACUCUUAUCUUCAUGGAAUUCCUCUGUACCCCUUUGCCAAUGGAGGGGCCUCAAAUGGGUCCUUUCCAAUGGCUCUCCUCUGCUUUGUAACGACCUCUCUUCACCGCAGUGGACCAACAUGUCCCUCUUCAAAGACCCAUCUCUUCACCUUCUCGCUCUUCAGCUCCCUUCAGCUAAUCUCACUGGUUCACUACCCAGAGAGAUGGGGGAGUUCUCUAUGCUCCAAAGCCUCUACCUUAACAUCAAUUCUCUAGGUGGAACUGUUCCUCUCGAGCUUGGCUAUAGCUCUUCCCUUUCUGACAUUGAUUUGGGCAACAAUUUGUUGACUGGGGCUUUGCCACCAUCCAUCUGGAACUUGUGUGAUAAACUCGUUUCGCUUAGGAUUCAUGGUAAUUUGCUUUCUGGGUCUAUCCCUGAUCCUGCAUUGCCAAACUCUACCUGCAAGAAUUUGCAAUUCCUUGAUUUGGGCGACAACAAGUUUACAGGGAACUUCCCUGAGUUUAUAACCCGAUUUCUCGAGCUUAAACAACUUGAUCUUGGGAACAACAUGUUUUCAGGACCAAUUCCGGAAAGUUUAGCUGCUCUAAGACUUGAAAAAUUGAACCUUUCACACAAUAAUUUCAGUGGGGUGUUGCCAGUUUUUGGUGAAUCGAAGUUUGGUAAGGAGGUUUUCGAGGGAAACAGUCCUGCGCUUUGUGGCUUACCCUUGAAAAGUUGUAGUGGAAGUUCUAGAUUGAGCUCCGGUGCAAUUGCUGGUAUAGUGAUUGGCUUAAUGACUGGAACAGUGGUCAUGGCUUCGGUGCUAAUUGGAUAUGUGCAGAAUAAGAAGAGAAAGAGUAGAGCAGACAGUGAAGAUGAGUUGGAGGAAGGAGAAGAUGAGGAAAAUGGGGCUGGAGGUGAUACUGAUGGUGGUGGUGGUGUUGGAGGUGGAGGUGGUGAGGGGAAGCUUAUUUUGUUUCAGGGUGGUGAGCAUUUGACCUUAGAUGACGUAUUGAAUGCUACAGGGCAAGUUAUGGAGAAGACAAACUAUGGCACUAUUUAUAAGGCAAAGCUUGCAGAUGGAGGGACUAUUGCUUUGAGGUUGUUGAGGGAAGGUAGCUGCAAGGAUAGGAGCUCGUGUGUGCCGGUGAUAAAGCAACUGGGAAGGAUCCGCCAUGAGAAUUUGAUCCCACUGAGGGCUUUCUAUCAGGGAAAGAGAGGGGAGAAGCUUCUGAUAUAUGAUUAUCUCGCUCACAGAAGCCUUUAUGAUCUUUUACAUGAAAGUAGGGCCGGCAAACCUGUGCUGAACUGGGCUCGGCGACACAGGAUUGCAUUGGGCAUAGCCAGAGGACUAGCAUAUCUUCACACUGGUCUAGAAGUACCUAUUACUCAUGGAAAUGUGAGGUCCAAAAAUGUGCUUGUGGAUGAGUUCUUUGUGGCCAGGCUGACUGAAUAUGGCCUUGAUAAAAUAAUGAUCCCAGCUGUAGCGGAUGAAAUAGUGGCACUAGCAAAGACUGAUGGUUACAAGGCACCAGAGCUUCAAAAAAUGAAGAAAUGUAAUUCAAGAACAGAUGUUUAUGCAUUUGGGAUUUUGUUGUUGGAGAUUUUGAUAGGAAAGAAGCCUGGAAAAAAUGGAAGAAACUCUGAUUAUGUGGAUUUACCUUCUAUGGUGAAAGUGGCAGUUUUGGAAGAGACAACAAUGGAGGUUUUUGAUGUGGAAGUUCUGAAGGGAAUAAGAAGUCCCAUGGAAGAGGGAUUGGUUCAGGCACUGAAACUCGCAAUGGGUUGCUGUGCCCCAGUGGCUUCGGUUAGACCCACCAUGGAUGAAGUUGUGAAGCAGUUGGAAGAAAAUAGACCAAGGAAUAGGUCUGCUUUGUACAGCCCUACAGAAACAAGGAGUGAAAUCGGUACACCAUUCUGAGCUUUCUUCUUCUAAAAAUAUGGUUUCAUUAUUGAUUGGUAUUUUCUAUGUUUUUCUUCUGAUUAAGGACAGAAUCAUUCUGGAUUGUGAUAGUGUUUCUUAUCUGGAAGGUUAUAUUUCUAGGAAUGAAAAUCAAUCAGUUCAUGGUAUUUAACCUAAUAUACUGAAAUCUUUCAUCA